AUGGCCUGAACUGACCGGAAGCCCCCGUACAGAGGUGGCUGCUGGGGACAGCCAGGUCACCCCAAUACGGGUGGGGCAGCUGCACACCCCACUUCCCACCCCAUGGGUCACAGGCCUCGAAUGUGCAUCCUGCUACGUGCAGACCAGACCACAGGUGGCCAAGCUCCGUCUCGGGAAAUAAGCCUGGGGCCCUGGGUGGCCGGCACUCACUUCCUGGCUCUCUCUACCACCACGUGGGGCAGAAAGAUGCAGGCCUGGAUUUCUGAGCUCCUGAACAGCUCAGGAACAGCGCGGCCGCUCACAAACGCAGCGUGCAAAGCACAGACUGUUCCAGGGCCUGGCCUGCGCCCACAGGGAACUCCUGCACACCGGCCUUCUCACAAGGGGACACUGUCCACCCCCAACCCCUGGGGCCCACAGCAGCCCCAGAACAGACACAUGCACCCCAAAAAGGGGGUCACUGGGGGCCGCCCGCCGCCUCCUGCCGCCUCCCGAUAUGGCCAAACGCCCGGGCGCGAGCCCCGCGUGCAGGCGUCGGGCCUGGGCACCUGUGGCCGUCCCGUCAGCGGCCGUCUUCUGUCCCUGCAUUUAGAGAAGGAGAAUGGCAAAGGGACCCGCCCGCGGACCCCUCUUACAGGUGGGGAAACUGAGCGUCCGCCCGCGCCCGCCAACUUUUCAACCGACCGUCGCGCGCCGCUUACUUCCGCCUUGGGAGAUAAUUUCCGGGUCCCAGCAGGAAAGGGCCGGACGCGCACGGUGGCCGCCCGCGUGACUGACCGCACAGACAUCCCCUCUGCCAUUGCUGCGGGACUGGCGAGGACGCCGGACCGACAUGGGCUCCCCCUCCCGCUCCGUGGGUCCACCCCGGCUCCCAUGGUGCGGAGCGGCCGGCUUGGAGCCCCUGUGGGACGGAGCGGAGGUGGAGUAAGUGCCCGGAGCUCUCGGCCAUCGUGUGAGAAUGUUUUGCUCCAUGCUGAUGCCUCCCUCAGCACCGUCCUGUGUUGUGGAUUGCGCAGCUCUCACGGGGUGGGGGCGGUUCUGCCCCCAGGGAAUGCCGGCCGGCAUCUGGAGACGCCUGUGGUCUCGGCUGGGGAGCCCGGGGAGGCUGCCCAGGACUCUGCGCCCCGCAGGACGGCCCUGCCGCGGAGGACGGCCAGCCCCGAGCCCCCAGUGCUCCAGGGCCCGGGAAGCCCUGCCUGCCCUGGGCGGAUCCCCGGGGCCACGCGGUUCAGGCCGCGCUCCUGCCCGCUGGGGUCUCCUGCUGUCCUCGCCGUCGCCACUGGGUGGAGCCGCAGGUCCGUGUGA